AGGCACGAGAAGUGAGAGGGGUGCAACGAACCCUCUAGGCUCGGUUCGAGUCUACGGAGCGCGGAGUUGUGUUCUAAUCAUGGCGACACCCGACCCCGUAGACCCAGCCACCCUAGAGAUUAAGACCCGUAGCAUAGAACAGACACUACUCCCACUAGUAAAACAGAUCUCUACGUUGGUGUCGCACAGAGAACGUCCGCUAUGUUCGGACAGAAGUCUACAUGCGGUCGCCAGGGUCGGGCAAGCAGUAAAUCUGGCGGUCGAGAGGUUCGUCACUGUUGGCGAAACCAUCGCAGAUGACAAUCCGGAGAUCAAACAGGAUAUGUACGAGGCAUGCAAGGACGCAAGAGUUGCUGGCUCGGCGAUCGAAAAAUUAUGCGAAUGUGCGAUGGAGGACAGCCUGGCUGACCGAGGCUCUGUCGUCAGGGCUGCCAGAUGUCUUCUUGGUUCUGUCACGAGGGUUCUCCUGCUGGCUGACAUCGUCGUGGUCAAGCAACUCCUUCUUGCGAAGGACAAGGUGGCUCGUAGUCUUGGCCGCCUUGAAAGCGUCUCGAACUUCACCGAAUUCGUGAAAGCAUUCAGCCAGUUUGGGGCAGAGAUGGUGGAGCUUGCACACCUGACGGGUGAUCGCCAAAAUGAUUUAAAAGACGAGCGACGAAGGGCGCAGAUGGCUGCGGCACGUCAAGUUUUGGAAAGGAGUACUAUGAUGUUGCUCACGUCUAGUAAAACGUGCUUGAGGCAUCCGGAAUGUCCAUCUGCUAGGGAGAACAGGGACACCGUGUUCUGUCAGAUGAGAAGAGCCAUGGAUUUGAUACAUUACGUUGUGAAAGACGGCGUGUUAGACUGCAGUGACUCGCAAUCGUACUCAAACUCCCAAAGUCCACAGCAAGAGGACUGGGACAGCAGCACAGCUUUCUCCGCAUUGAAACACUUCGAGAGACUCGUAGAAACUACAAGGAUGACCCUUCUAGGGCCCGGAUGUAGGGAAACACUCACUUCUGCGCUCGAUACCGUCGUCGAAAGGACACAGGACUUCACUGACAGCGCGUACACCAGCCACGAGCACAGAGAGAAUAUCCUCUUGCUUUGCGAUCGGGCGAAACUCGAGCUGAAUACGUUGCUGCGAAUCGGUAACAGCAUGAACUACGAAGGUGGCGGUGGUUCUCCAAGUUCAGAAAUGGAACAAGCCAUGCUGGGAGUAUUACGCACCACCAGGGAUCUUCGCCAACAGCUCUGCGCGACAACGAUGGAGCAGGCGGGUGAUCUCGGACAGGUAACCAAAGCGGGCCAAGAACUUGUGUCAACGAUCAGGAAUCUCGCUUUGGCCAACGACAUAAAUCGUCUCCAAGAGAGCAGCGACAGAUUCCACGAGUACAUCGACCACAUCCUCGAAGUGUGCAAAAUGCUGAGACACGUUGCGCUUUCGGAGUCGUUGCAAGUUUCAGCAAAGUUCACGGAAAUUAAUUUGAGAAUAUACGGUCCCCAAGUGGUGACAGCGGCGCAUACGUUGGCAAGGCAUCCUACUAGUAAAAUUGCUAAGGAGAAUCUGGAAGUAUUCGCGGACAUGUGGCAAUGGCUCAUGACCGACGUGACCACGGUGGCGAAAGAUGUGCUCGAAUUGAACCAAAAUCGACCAGAGAAGCAAGUAUAUAUGUCCUUGCCACGGCCAGGGAAACACGGCACCACAAGCAAGCCGUUGAAACCGGUGAGAUUGGACAGCGAGGAGCAGGCGAAGAUCGCAAAGGCUGGCCUGGAGAUGAAGCUGAUCACAUCGGAGAUGGACGCGGAAACGGAGAAAUGGCAAGAGAGCGGUAGCGCCCUGGAGGAGAACAACGACAUCGUGAAGCGGGCGAAGAACAUGUCGUCGAUGGCGUUCUCGAUGUACCAGUUCACCAGGGGCGAGGGCGCCCUGAAGACCACCCAAGAUCUGUUCACCCAAGCUGAGUAUUUUGCCGAGGAGGCGAACAGAUUGUACAAGGUUGUGAGACAAUUCAGCUACCAGGUACCAGGGGGCCCGCACAAGAAAGAACUUUUGGAAAACCUCGACCGUGUGCCGACGUACGUCCAGCAGCUCCAGUUCACCGUGAAAAACCCCACCGUCGGAAAAGCCGCCACCUUUACAAAAGUCGAUAACGUAAUACAAGAAACAAAGAAUCUGAUGAACGUGAUUUCGAAAGUGGUCACCACAUGUUUCGUCUGCGCCACAAAGUACAACCUGGAUUUCCGAGGUCUGUCGGCGCGCGGGACCGGCGGCUCGCCGUACAGGGGCGGAGAGGGUGCGGGCGCCGACGGCGACGGUGGCGGUGCUGGUGUCGACGGCAGCAAGACGGGCUCCGCCCCCGGCAGCGACCCGUCCGUCUGACAGUUUGGGAUGGCCCGACGGGCCAAGGGGGACGCUCGCCGCACUCGGGUUUCCUUUCUGCUUUUCUAGGAAGAACCUCGCCUGCCCCAACGAAGCGUACACGUCGAGCUCUCGCAGCCAUCCCGACGAGAUCCGCUGGUGCUCGUUAAACAAACGUAUAUUCGAAGGGACCUCUGCAAUAUUGAAAAAAACUCGUUCGCGUGGUUUUUAAAUAUGCACAGUAAAAGUCUGGAAACGAUGGUACGAUUCUGCUUGAGACUUCUGUAUCAACCAUGCCCUUUUGGGAAUACAAUAGAAUUUUUAUUACUUGGCAAAGCAUUAGUCUUGAUUCGAAUAAUCUUGGGUAAGUGUCGUUUUCAUAAUUCUUUUCUCAUAUUUUUUAAGUUUCGUUUUCUUGCCGAGACAGGUCAAUUUUCAUCUUUUCGAGCCCUUACGUUCACGCUAGCCAUUGUUUUCAGCGUCUGUCCACGACGUGUGCAUGGCUUAUAUCAAAGAUCUAUUCAGUUCUUGAUAUAAUCACAAGUACACUGCGGAUCUUUGUGCAAAUUCUUAUUUUUAUUAAUGGAAUCAACGAAAUUGGAGCUUCGUAACCAAUAACAGCAGACCCAUAUUAAUGUUGACGAGGCAGUUUGAUUUUAAUUAACCGGAAAACGUCAUCUUAAAAUAUUCAUGUUUUCUUUAAAAAUCUGCCAUGCUCAUUCAUUACUUCGUCGUGUCUUGCUUCCACCAAAUCUCGUAAUAUUUAUUUAUCGACCACCAUUCAUCUUGACCAUGUGCCACAGUAGUUUUUAAAUAUAUUGAUAGAUAUUGACUAUCUGACACGUUCACUUUUUAAUAUUUCUAAUUUUCUAUAAUUAUAAUUAUUUAUUAUAAUCAUUUCAAUAUUAUUUGU